AUGUUCGCGAGAUCAACAUUUGUCCGUUUACUUUCGACCUCUGGAAGACAGUUAGCAGAAGCCGAGAAAAAAGUGUCUAAAGAGGCCCUUAUGACUCUCCGCAAGCGCACUGGAUACAGCUACGUUAACUGUAGAAAGGCUCUUGUGAAAUUCGGUGAGAAUGACAUGGAAAAUGCGGUCAAAUGGUUGAAAGAAGCUGCAGCCAAAGAAGGAUGGGCGAAAGCAGCCAAACUUGGCACCCGUGUCACAUCUAACGGUCUCGUGUCUGUCGUCUCCGACAAUUCUGCAGCUGCCGUAGUAGAAUUGAGCUGCGAAACAGACUUCGUUGCUCGCUCUGGAGCGUUCAAGGAUCUUCUUGCCAACAUUUCCAAUUCCGCACUUUCAAAGUCCAAAUCACAGUCGGUAUCCGGAGGGGCAAAACUUCAAGAGUUCAACUACGAUCUCGGAGAUUUGACUGAUAAAGAAGGAAAGAACAUGCGCGAAGUUCUUUCACUGGCUAUUGGAAAACUUGGCGAGAACAUGGCUGUGAAGCGAGUGAAGGCCUACAAGGCUCCAGAAGGAACAACUCUAUUCGGAGCAUCUCAUCCCAAAGAUGGAUCUGACGAACUUCCAAUGGGAAGGUUCAUCUCUCUGGUUGCGUUGAAGCAAACUUCUAAAGGAUCAAUUAGCAGUCAACAACUGGCUGGUCAAAUCUGUCAGCACAUCAUCGGAAUGUCACCAGAAACGCUUGGAGAAGCGGUGGACACCGCCAAAUCCCAGGAAGGGCUGAGUAGCCAGGAAGGUCAUGAUCCAGAUGCUGAUCCAGUAGUUGUCACAAACAUCGAUGAUUCCGAAACAGCGCUGCUCCGUCAAGCAUUCAUGUUGAAUCCAUCGCAGUCUGUUCAUGAAUAUCUCAAAUCCCACAACGCGAGUGUCAUCGAUUUCGUCCGCGUGGAGCUCGGAGGAGAGCAGUAA